UUCAUGUUUCGAAUCUUUCAAGGUCCCUUUUAAUUUUUUCUCAGUCUUCAUUCACUGGUGCUUGUAUAAAUAGAGAGUAGAUGAUGAAAGUAAUGGUGUCCCUUUAAGGAGCUGUAGCCUAAAGUUGCUCUGAAUGGUCCCACCUGAAGACGAGACAAGGCAGAAUGGAUAAAAGACUGGUAGAUGCACCUAUGGCUGUCUGAGGAGUAGAUGUAGAACAACCUAGCCAAAAACAAGCAUAUGGGGAGUGGUGAAAGUAAAAAAAUGGAUUAUUCAAGCUGUGAAUGGAGGAAUGUCACUAAGGUUUCUUUGGGAGAGUUUCUGAGAUGUUGUGACCAGCCAAUAAGUGAGGAGCAGGCCUGGGCCCUUUGCUUUCAAUGUUGCCAUAAAAUGAAGCAGUUGGCUCAGGGCCCCCACCCUGUGGUGAUUAAAGGUCUGGGAAGCAUCCUUAUCCAUUCUGAUGGUGCUGUUUCCUUCACGGUGCGUCCUAAGUCUGGUAAGAACAAAGGCACCAGUGGAUGGGAUGUUAACAAGACUCAACAACUGGAGGAGCAGCUGACAGAGCGUCUGGGAAUGGUAAUCUAUAAAGCCCUGGACUGGGGGAUUGACAACCAUCUGGAGCGAGAGCUGAGUGAACCACUGGAGAAGCUGAUUUCCCUCCUUCUGAAAUUGAACACUGAGAUCUGUGAGGAGCAUUUGCCCAGGCCCUCUGAGGCUGCCAGCUAUUACAGAACAGUCUGCAGGGUUCUCUUUGCUGAGUACGUAGAUCUUCAGAAACUAAUGCUCACCCUACAGAGCUCCAAAGAGAGUCUAAGAAGAAUGGAUGUGGAGGACUUGCUGGAAAAUGACACUCAGAGGGAGAAGGAUAAUUACUGGCAGGCUAGCUUGUGGCACGAUGUCAUCAGGGAACUGCAGAAUGGUGUGAGGCUGCGCAAGGCCAUGGAGCGACCUCAACAUAGCGUUCCUCCCAAGGAAUAUGCCCGGUCUCCCUAUGAGCUCUUGGCAGAGGACAUCCGACGCAAGAGGUACACCCUCCGCAAGGUGAAGAUCAACAGUGAGCAAAACUGCAAGAGCUCUGAAGGCAACACAGUCGCUUCACAGCCCCCUUUAAAGCCAGCCUCAGAGAGGAAGCUAAAAGAGAACUCCCCCAAAGCACCCAGUCUGCACGACCUGCUCAUGAUGGAAAUAAAACAGCCACAGAAGCUUCGGCCGUCUUCCACAGAGAAAAAUGGGAGCAGGCACAAAGAUACUUUUGUGAUGCCAAUGUUUUCCUUGAAUUCCCCGUGUGGCAAUGUCUUAUCUGUCCAAAAUGCCAGUACAGGACUUACAAUUCACAAAGUUAAAAAACAGCUGCUGAUCCCUGACUUGCUGGUCCCAGAAUUUCAGGAAGCAGACGGGGCAUUGAAAUACAACUUGGGAGUCAUCUCACACAGAUCUGUACUGACAUCCAGCAGCACAGAUUGUUCUGCAGACUGCACAUUUACCCCCAAGAGCGUGCCCGUGCAAGGAGACUGUGAAACAAGCAGCUUUCCUAAUCUAAAUCAGCGACAGCCUUUCUGCCGAGGGAGGUUCAAGUCUUUAAGGAGUGCCCUUCAAAUCAAGGAAGAUGACUACCCGUCUCCUACAAGGCAGCCAUCAUCAACCAUUGCUGAACUGAUUGGAACCAGAUAUGCCAUGAUGUCUGAAAUGGAGGGAUCCCGCCAAAGAGAUGGUUGUGCGAUACCUUCAAGAGCCAGGGUCUGUUUCCAUUGCCAUAAGCAGAUGGUCUUUCUGUGGCCUUACAGGUGUCAUCUCUGUAGCAGUGUCAUCUGCUGUGAUUGUUGUGUCAAGAUGUCCAUGCCCUUCAGACCAUGUGUGCAUCUUCCGCUUAGCUUAAUAAAAGCACUGAGAGUCUCCAAGGAGGAGGACUCAGCUACCCAAGACCAGAAAUCCUCACAGUUGUUGUUUGAAGUAGAACAUUGGGAUUGUUCUAGAGUACCAGUAGUGUUUGAACCCCAUUGCCUAGCACAGCCUCUUGCCUCUCAGAGAAAGACCAUGAUGGACUGGCCUUCUAUGGACAUCUGUACCACAUGUGAGCAAUACCUGUUGCAUGUCCUCUCCAGCCAGCAGCAAUGCAUCCCUCCCAGGAAAAGAUCCAGGUCAUGGACUGAACUGGAAUGACUCCUUUCUCUAAAUGUGUGUCCUGUCCUAUUGAUUCCUUUACAUUUUUGUGUUUUUUGCACCUGAAGUAAGAGUGCAAAAAUAACAGCUGUAUCUCUAUAUUAACAUAAAGGCCUGAAUAAAAGACCCCCUGCUGGAUACUCUUGGCUAGCCAGAAGACACAGCUGUUGUU